GACCCUCCACAUCUGUAAUUAUUUUGCUGAUUUACAAGCCACUUUCCUCUCUGUGUAGGUUUUUCUGUGUGUGUGUGUGUGUGUGUGUGUGCAUUCACGCAUCAGGGAUUUCAUUAUUUUUAGCAGCAGAUCCCGUGCAUCUUUAUGCUUUAAUAUUUUCAGGCUUCAGUAAUUACAGUAUAUAUAUGUAUCCCCCCACCUCCCAACUGCAAAUGCUUUUAUUUGUUAGGGAUUCUUUUCUUUGAUAAAGAUUGGAAAGUAAGAUUUAUCAGGGGGCUGAAAUCCAAAUCGCAGAGAGCACAAGAUUGAAAGAUGCACGUUUCCAUGCUGCCAAAUCCUUAUCUGGAAUCGGAGUCUUGUAAUAUUUGAUUUUCUCCCAAGCAGCUCUGGUGCGUCGAGCCACGAUCUGCGUUAUCCAUCUGCCUACUUUGGAGCCGGGCGCUUUACUAUUUGGCGGUUUAAAUGCUUUACGUUUUUGCCAGCGCGUUGAGAAAGGCUCUCGUGUUAAAUUAAGUCAAUUAAUAAAUGGAGACACAUUAAGCAAUCAAUUUUGUCAGCCUAUCUCCCCAGCAUUAUGUAUGGUUGGCUGUAAUCACAAGAUAAAUGCAAUGUGCUGAUCUAUGGUAAUGUUCAAUAAUACAUUCUCCGCCAGGCUCAAUUCAUCAGGGAGUUUCGGUAGGGGAGGCAUUUGUUAUUGGCUGUCUCUGCACCUCAAGGAUAACAUUUCUGUCCUUUUGAUUGGCCGCCUCACUGCUGCAAGAUUCUAACCGUCUUAUUUUGAUGAUGAAUAUGAAGGCACGCUAAGCCGGGCUGGAGCGGAGUGUCUCAGAGGCUGUGCUCCUUCCAGAGCCCAAGGACUUACCAGCUUCUUCCCGCUGCCUUCCUGUGCCAACAACCCCCCCAAAAGUUGUGAUGCUUUUCUUUACCCAGUGCUUUGGGGCUGUGUUAGAUCUCAUUCACCUCCGCUUUCAGCACUACAAGGCUAAACGGGUUUUCUCCGCCGCUGGGCAACUUGUCUGCGUUGUAAACCCCACGCACAACCUAAAGUAUGUGUCCAGCCGACGCGCCGUCACUCAGAGCGCACCAGAGCAAGGCGGCUUCCCCCCUCACCACCUCACCCACCACCACCGCCCCCACCGCCCCCACCACCACCUCCGCCACCACGCCCGCCCCCACCACCUCCGCCACCAGGAGGCGGGGCUGCACGCCGCCCAGGUGACCCCCUGCAUGUGCCCCUUGUUCUCCUGCCAGUGGGAAGGCCACCUGGAGGUGGUGGUGCCCCACCUGCGGCAGAUGCACAGGGUUGACAUCCUCCAGGGAGCGGAGAUAGUCUUCCUGGCCACGGACAUGCACCUCCCCGCCCCAGCCGACUGGAUCAUCAUGCACUCCUGCCUCGGCCACCACUUCCUGCUGGUGCUCAGGAAACAGGAGAGGCACGAAGGGCACCCCCAGUUCUUUGCCACCAUGAUGCUGAUCGGGACCCCCACCCAGGCCGACUGCUUCACCUACCGCCUGGAGCUCAACAGAAACCACCGGCGUCUCAAGUGGGAGGCCACCCCCCGGUCCGUUCUCGAGUGCGUGGACUCGGUGAUCACCGAUGGGGACUGCCUCGUCCUCAACACCUCCCUGGCCCAGCUCUUCUCCGACAACGGCAGCCUCGCCAUCGGCAUCGCCAUCACCGCCGCCGAGGUCUGCUCCGCAGAAGCCGAGGUGUGAAGCCAGAGGCCAACGGACGUUCCCGCACGGCCCCCCUCCGCCAAGACACUCUGCCUGUGGCCCUGGGAUCCCCGGUUGCCGGGACUCCAGGCUCCUUUUUGUUCUUCUCCCUCCUUCCCUCCCUUCUUUUUUUUUUGUCUCAGGUACUUUGUGGUACUUAGUCUUUGUCUGCCAUGGGCAUUUUAGUAGGUAAACAUCCUGUGAUUCAAGA